GGUGCAUCAUCAGGUUCCUGGUAAAAGUGGCUUUUUGGAGAGCAACUGGAAACAGCCCUGGAUCCUCCCGAAGACAGGAGGGGAGGAAUUGCAGGGGAAAUCAUAUAUGUUGUUAAUAUAUGUAUAUAAUUUCCCCAAAUAAUUAAGGAAUUGUGGGAGACAGAGGGAAGAAAGAAAUAAACCAGCAGGCAGUUACCGGUGCAGCCCCCCCACCCAGUACCAGUGCCCUGUGUGCUGGCCUGCCCUGGCAAUGGGGAGCGUGUCCCCUGGGGGGGACGGGGACCCACCAAGCACCGCCUGGAGCCACUGGGUCCUGGGGGGCUUUGCUGCAGGGGACACCCAGCAUGGCGAGGGGGUCUUCGUGUGCCGGGGGUGGCUGCGGAGGGGACGGACUUCCCUCCUUUCUCGGGGCUGUCAGCCGGAUGGGGGGCUGACACCUGGGGGUGACAGCAGGGCUGACCCCCCCUCUCCAUUAUCCCUGAGCUGGGGGGGGUGUGGGGGAGCCCGAGGGGUGGCGGGGACCCCCGUAGAACCACCAUGGCGUAUGGUGGGGAUGAUUCCUAGCGAAACCUGCGGCGCUAGGACCCCCUCUCCCCCAGAGACGGCCACCUCCUGCACCCCCGGUCCGGGUCGCAGCUCGGCGGGGACCCCCCGCUCCUCCAUAGCGGGGCGGGUGCCGGGAGGCGGAGGGAGGAGGAGGAGGAGGAAGAAGGGCCCCCCUCCCCGACGUUGCCCUUUUAAGGGGUUCCUUGAAACCGCGCCCGGGUUCCAUGUUUGCAGCCCCAGCCCGGGCGGAGGAAACUCCAUGUUGUAACAAAGUUUCCUCCGCGGCGCCGCUCCCGCGCCCGCCGCCCCGCGCCGCCACCGCCCCCGCCCCGCCUCCCCCCCCGGGGGCCGCGCCGGGGGGGGCCUCCCCCCCCCCCCGGCGCCCAUGGAGCACCAGUCCAUCAUCGCCCAGGUUAGCAGGGAGGAGGGGAGCGCCCCGCUGCAGGAGAAAGGUACCCAGGCCCCCACCAAGAAGCCGCGGAGCCGUAGCAUCCUCCAGUCCCUCUUCUGCUGCCUGUGCCGCGAUGAGGGGGAGCCCUGCACUGGCACCACCGGCGCCCCGCUGCUGGUGGAGGAGAAUGGGGCCCUGCCCAAGGCUGCUGUCAAACACCUCCUGCCUGAGAUAAAGCCGCAGGACGCCAGUAAGCUGUGCGUGGUCAUCGACCUGGACGAGACGCUGGUGCACAGCUCCUUCAAGCCGGUGAACAACGCCGACUUCAUCAUUCCCGUGGAAAUUGAUGGCAUCAUGCACCAGGUGUAUGUGCUCAAGCGGCCACACGUGGAUGAGUUCCUGCAGCGCAUGGGCGAGCUCUUCGAGUGUGUGCUCUUCACCGCCAGCCUGGCCAAGUAUGCAGACCCUGUGGCCGACCUGCUGGAUAAAUGGGGGGCUUUCCGAGCGCGGCUUUUCCGGGAAUCCUGUGUCUUCCACCGCGGCAACUACGUGAAGGACCUGAGCCGCCUGGGCCGUGACCUGCGCCGCAUCAUCAUUGUCGACAACUCGCCCGCAUCCUACAUUUUCCACCCCGAUAACGCUGUGCCGGUGGCCUCCUGGUUCGAUAACAUGGCGGACACAGAGCUGCUGGACCUGCUGCCCUUCUUCGAGAGGCUCAGCAAGGUGGAAGACGUGUACGCAGUGCUCAAGAAGCAGCGGACUAACAGCUAGUGGCCCCCCCACCCCACCGGGUGCUGCCGGGGUGGGGGGCACUGCCGUGGCAGCCGGGUGCCUUGUUUUGGGGGGGGCCUGGUGUGCCCCCCCUAUCGGCCUCCACAGCCCCGCUGGGCGCGGGUGCUCCCUGCCUGCUGGUGGUGGGAGAUGUGGGUGCCCCCACCAGGGAACUGGGUGUCCCCCUUCCUGCGGAGGAGGAGGGGCUGUGGGUGACCCGCUGCCUUGCUGUGCUGGGGACCUGUUGGGGGGUCCUCCCCCACUGUCCCAUCCUGCCCAGUCUGCGUUUCCCCUCCCCAAAACAGUUCUCAGGUCCUUCUCCCCUCUGUGUCCCCCCGAGUGGGGAUGGGGGGGGGGUCAGCAGCUGCUGCUUUCCACUGCCUUUGGGGGGGGACUGGACCCCCCCCAUCCAGACUCUGCCUGCUGGGGGGGCUGGUGCCCCUUGGCCCCUUUCUGCAGGAGGGCACAAGAAGGGUUAACUCCUUACAACCCCCAAAAAAUGCAGGGGUUCUUACUGGCCUUGCUGCAUGGGGCCGCCACUGUACCCUUACCUCUGCCCUUGGUGCAGCUCAUCACCUUGGGGGGGGACAUGUCCCUACCCCUCCUUCGUGCCUUCUGCUGCCCCCCGCCUAGGGGGUGUGUUUUGGGGGCAGCCUGGCCUCAGGGCUGAGGCCCUGGCCGCAAAUGCCCCGCUCCACGUGCCUUGGGACACCACGUCUCCAUACCCACCCCAGCCCUGCAAGGGGUGUGCCUGGGGGUGCUUUUAACUUACCCCCUCCAACCUCGGUUUCUUCCCAUGGAGGGGGGGGUCUGGUGGCCUCCCCGCCCCCCUCCAGUUACACUGUGUCAGUGGGAGCCACUCCAGUCACCAACAGGAGCGUCCCCUCCUUCGGGGGGGGCCGGGGGUACGCACCCCUCUCCCCAUCCAUAUGCAACUUUUCACCAAAGGCUGCAAGUCCUAGGGGUGGAGGGACUGCCAUAUCAGCCUUGGUGUGCCCCCCCGCCAGCCUUGUCCCAGCCCCCCAGCUGGGGCAGGGGUGGGUGGCACGGCAGGCCUCCCCUCCCUGCAGCCUGGGGUUACCCUGACCCCUGGGGGGUUGGGCUUGUGCCAGGGUGUCCCCCGGCCUUGAGGGGCUGGGGGCUCUCAGGGAGGGGUUUUGGUGGGGAGGGGAGGGGCGGCUGAGAUCAACAGGCCUUUUUUAGCGUCGCAAUAUGGACAAUGUCUCAUAUCUUUUUAGGGGGAAAAGCAACGGUUUCCCAAAAAAUCAUGGGUGCCUUUUUACCGCUGUGCCAGGGAAGGUGGGGGGGGACAGUAUUUGGGGGAGGGAUGUGAGGGGUUUUAGCUCUCCGAUGCUGUCUGGCCGGGUCCUGCCGGCACUGCCUUUCUCCCAGCGCUGGGUGCCAGGGACAGGCAGGGGUCCCCCCAGACCUGCCUGCAUCCCUGCCUCCAGGCCUUGCCCCAUGGCAGGGAGGGUGGGAUGCAGGACGCUGUGGCACACCCAACCCCCUGGACCCCUGCCUGCCCCAGGCCUGAUGCUGCCCCUCCAGGAGGGUUGAACUCAGCACUUUAUAUUAGACAAGUCAAACGGCACCAGCGAAGCCCGCUGCCCAGCAAGGACCUAUGGGUGCUGCAGCACCUGAGGAGCACAGCCCCUGCGCUGGACACCUUUAGGGGGGUCCACGGGCAUCCAGAGGCAGCAUUGGGGGGGGCUGGGGAGGGCUGGGGGACCAGAUCCAAGUGCCUUCAUGUGAUUAAAGCUGUCAAACCAUC